UAGCUAUUUAGUUUUAAUGCAUACAUUUGUACAUAAAACGGCUUCAUUGUUAAAAUGUUACCGAUGUAGGUAUGAUGUUGUUCAAAGAUGAUUUAUUUUUAUUAAUCGUGGCUGCAUCAAGUUCAUUUUUCAGAUUUCAGUUUUUUUCGUAAAUUAUUUUCUGAUCAUCACCAUUUGUGCGGUAAAAUGAUUUUGUCGACGUUUUUAUGUACGUUUAAUCGCUGGCCCUAGACAAAGUACAGAUCACAACGUACACGUGUCGGUUUCGCGAUAGGAAACGGCCGUGAACAGUGACCGCGCGCUUCGGUCAAGUGUCGCGACAAGUUAUUAACGUUGUUGUACGAUUUUGUACGACGCGGUAAUGUUUUGUUUUCCUCCCAUCCCGUCUACCGUGCAAACAGUAAUAACAAUAAUUAUCAAUGGGCGAUCACAGCGCAAUGACGGGCGAGCGAUACGGAACCCGACGGUCGGGUGUUGGCAGCGCUGCCUGAUGCGUCCGUGGACGACUACGACGACGACGACUACGACGACGACACCGGAGAUAACAUCGCGUAACAAUAAUAAUAUCAGCGGACGCCACACAAUCGGGUGGGCGUGUUGGCAUACGUAGUGCAGACCGCUUCACUCUUAUCAUAGUGCCGUACCGUACGCCGUGCCACAGCUCGGGAUUCGCAGAACGCGUUCCGACGACCGUAAAAAAUAAUUUCAAUUAACCAACAGUGCAAUAUUAAUAUUAAUAAUAACAACAAUAAUAAUAAUUAUAACAAUAAUUAUACCGUCUGAUUACCGUUUCGCAAAUUGUUUUUCUCGUUCGAACGCGACGCUGCGAUAGCGAAACGAACCGUUUCGCCAAUGUGUCGCGAGUGAACAACAGCCGUACGUACAGCUGAGCGUUUUAUGGUUUAAUAACCGCACGUCGAACGUUCAGUACCUAUCGUCGCCGAAUGCGACGACAAUUUUGACAAACGUUUACGCGUAAGGAACACGGCUAACGUCUCAGCACUUCCCGUCCGUCUCUUGCUGUGUCCGCCGCCGCUGUGUUGUACGGCUUCGCGUCAUCACGUGCACUGGGAAAACUCUAUACGCGAGGGUGCCGUUCGCUUGUUCUUCUCGAAACUUCAAAGUUACACAUCCAAACAUAAUGCUUUCUGAUGAGUUUGAUGUGGAAGAUAACAACUCACAAAGUGAUCUGUUAAACGAAGAUCUUAUGACUGAAGGAAGUAAUUCAGAAAAUGUUGACUUAAGCGAUAAUUCUUUACAAGUUGUUAUUUCUGAUGCAUUAAGUGAGAAGGACAGAGUAAAAUUCACCGUUUUGUCUAAAACUACAUUGCCAGAUUUUCAAAAGUCAGAAUUUUCUGUCGUGCGACAACAUGAAGAAUUUAUUUGGUUACAUGAUCAGUUUGAAGAAAAUGAAGACUAUGCAGGAUUUAUUAUUCCUCCUGCACCUCCACGGCCAGAUUUUGAUUCUUCAAGAGAAAAGUUACAAAAAUUGGGUGAAGGAGAAGGUACAAUGACUAAGGAAGAAUUUAUGAAAAUGAAAAAAGAAUUAGAAGCUGAGUACUUAGCCACAUUUAAAAAGACUGUUGCCAUGCACGAAAUGUUCCUUUCACGACUUGCUCAGCACCCGGUUUUUCGCUAUGAUACAAAUUUUCGAGUAUUUUUAGAAUAUGAUCAAGAUCUUGCUGUUCGUACUAAAAACAAAAAGGAACUUUUUGAGGAGAUUAUGAAAUCUUUGUCUAAAACCACUGACGAAUAUCUUCUUUCUGCAACUGUAAGAGAUGUUAAUGAUUUUUUCGAACAAGAAAAAAAUUUCCUCAUAGAUUAUUAUGGACAUUUAAAAGAUGCAACUAUGAAAUCAGACAAAAUGGUUAACAAGCAUAAAGAUGUGGCUGAUAGUUAUAUUAAAAUAUCAUCAUGUUUAGUUCAAUUAUCUACUUUUGAUCAUAGAGAACUAGAUUGGUUUCUAAACCGAUUUUCAGAAACAUUGGAAAAACUUAGAAAAGUAGAAGGAAGAGUGGCAUCAGAUGAAGAUCUUAAACUAUCAGAUACAUUACGUUAUUAUGUAGGGGAUUCAUUUGCUGCUAAACGCUUAUUAUACAGGCGAUUACGUUGUUUAGCAAACUAUGAAACAGCCAAUCGAAAUUUAGAAAAAGCUAGAGCAAAAAAUAAAGAUGUUCAUGCAGCUCAAGAAGUUUAUGAUGCAGAAGCAACACAGCAAUUAUCAUGUGAAAAAUUUGAAGUAAUGUCUGAUAAAGGAAAAGAAGAAUUAAUUGACUUUAAAGCAAGGAGAGUGUCAACUUUCAAUAAAAACUUAUUAGAACUAGCUGAAUGGGAAAUAAAACAUGCCCAGCAUCAAAUAGACAUUCUAAAAACUAGUCUCGAAAUGAUAAAUAGUGAAGAAAAGAAAUCAACACUUAACGUCGAGUUGGCACGAAGUUAUCACGGGAGCAAUUGUUUUAAUUUAUUUAUGUCUAUGAAUUUAAAUAAUUUAUUUGUAAGUUUCAAUUAA